AAGAUCGCGUCUUCAGGAGCCACAACACGCGUACAUUAAGUUCGAUAUGUAGAUGUCACAUUCGCAUUUGGAUGCACGCAAAAUACGCAGGAUAUACACGUUCAAACAUUCGGGGAAAAUGCGACUCUUCUACUCUCUAGGAGGGGCUGGGAGAGAGGGUGCGUGAGAUCCAGUCUAAACUAGUUUUGUACAAUACGAUUGGAAUGCGACCCAUACAAAUCGAGGCGAUUUCUUUUUGGGCAUCAGUCACGCAUUAAGGCAUCGUAAAGACAUUUAAAGCUCGAUAAUGUCGUAAUACGAAAAAUGACCUUUAGCAGGUGCGUUGAAUGUUUGUUGCAUGUAAAGUUAAUGAUAAAAUAAAACGUUCCUCGUGUGAUAUGGGAGAGGUAUACAUGUAAAACAUCCCACAAUUCGCGUUCCCCUGCAUGCAUUAUUACUGUGGCAUAGCCUAUUGUUUAAACCAUAAGAAAAUAAUAGAAAGAAACACAAAGGUCACAAGAAAAAAGGUGUGCUGUUUGAACUUAAAUCGUCCGUAGUAACAGUGCAGCAUAUGUGUGUCACUCACACACUCAAAAAAGAAGCAAUCAGCUGCACGUCGGUAAAUGCAGACGGCAGAGAACGAACCUCUGACAUCCGAUCCAAGCAUCAAUAUAUGCACGCGCAUCUUGUAAAAUGUGUCAGACGGCCGUCACAUACGGCGUUAUGUGCUCACUAAUGUUGCGCAGCUUUGUCUCAUGCGGGAAAGCCGAGGCGUUUUAUGACGUUGUCAUCUACAAGAAUAUGCGGAGCUCGUGGCGAGACCUCGUGUGUUCCAAAGGCAUCAUAAUCAUAUGAAGCCAUCGGUUUACCCCGUUUCCGUACCCCUCCCCCAAAAUACGCAUAUGAGGAAUUUCGCCGGUGUGCUGACGGAUGAAAAAAAUACUGUUUUAAAAAGACAGACACUCUAGGGUGUUUCUUUUGUAUUCUCGCCUCCCACCACUGUCAUGUGACGCGGUGCUGCAUCCAAUCAGCGAGAUGCAGAGAACGCCCACACCCUAGAAUCUGAAUGCGGGGUUUGGCGCAUUAUAAAUACACCGUGAUGCACCGGCAAGUCUUGGUCGCGGGGAAGCUCCGGGUUGCAGCAGUACAUCAGUCUUUUUUCUUUCCAUAACAAAGAAAACCAUCAUCCAUCUUUUCCUUUUUUUCUCCCCAAUUCCAGUUAAUUUCAGGCCAGUUGCAUGCAUUGUUCGUCUCCCAAAAUGGUUUGCGAGACAAAAAUCGUUGCAGACGAUCAUGAGGCCAUACCUGGGACCAAAAAAGAUUCAAUUAUAGUUUCCUCCUCGCAAAUGUGGACGUCCUCUUCUUCGCCUUCUCACAGUGCGCGCGAGAGUAAGGUGGAAAAACGGAACCAGGUUAUUCGUGAAUUUGAACGCUCAGACCAUGAGAUGGUGCGCCGGAUCUUCAACGAGGGAAUCAUGGAGCGGAUACCCAAUUCGGCAUUUCGGGGUAUAAAACAGCAAACUCUAACCCAGUGUAUCUAUGCUCUCCUCACAGUAAUGUGCUAUGUUAUGACCAAAUCCUUCACACUGACCUUCUGCAUGCCCUUUAUUCUCAUGGGAGCACGUUAUUACUACAGCAGAAAAGUCAUUCUCAACUACCUGGACUGCGCUCUGCACACCGACAUGGCUGACAUUGAGGCAUAUUACAUGAAACCAACAGGUUCAUGUUUCUGGGUGGCAGUUCUGCAAGGCCAAGUGGUGGGCAUCGUGGCAGCUCAAGGCCGAGAAGAAGACAACACAGUGGAACUCCGUCGCAUGUCUGUGGACUCUCGCUUCCGUGGAAAAGGCAUCGCCAAAGCUCUGGGUCGACGCGUUCUAGAAUUUGCCAUGUUAAACAACUACUCGGCCGUGGUUCUGGGAACGACGGCAGUCAAGAUGGCCGCCCACAAGCUGUAUGAGUCAUUGGGUUUCCGGCGAGUGGGAGAGACUGAGGACUACACGCUGCCAGGGAUGACCCGCUCACCGCUGGAGAGGCUCUUCUUCCAGAUUCGCUACAGCCGGUACAGAUUACAGCUUCACGAAGAGUGAGAGACAGAAAGUUAACAUAAAUGUGAAAGAUAGAAUAUAAACAACGCCGCCGGCAAUGACCCUGAACCAUCCGCUGACCUGGUCCUUUUCUACCUAUUUAUUUAUGUUGUUUUCCAACAAUUUUAUUUUUUUAUGCUCAUUUUUAAUGGAUGUUUCAUUCCUUUUAUCACACUAAAAAUGUCUCUUUUCAUGUUCAUCUUUACACCCUAAAACACCAUAUCCAAGUCCAGUAAUGUUGUUUGGAUCAAAAUACGUUUCUUCAGUGAACUUUCUUUAAAACACGAAAAUCAAACGAGACAUCUUAUUUCUGCCUCUGACGCUUUUCCAAGCCAUCUUAAGAGCCAAUCCAUAAAGUAGCAAAUAUCACUUCAAAACAGUUCAUGAAGUAGUGGACGUAGGGACUGGAGGUAGAAAAGUUUGAUCCACCUUUUCUGAGGAAAUACCGAAGAACGUGUCUGAACCAUCAAACAGCAGCAGUCUGGUAGGAACUGUAAGUCUGUCCGAAGCACAGCAUGUCUUUUCUAACUGUCUGUGCUCCCCUUGUGUCUAUCAGUCACAACUUUGUAGCAUAGUCUUUGUUUCCAUGUUGGUCGAGCAUGUUCUUUGUGUUGAGCUCGAGCAGCAACCUUCCGGUCUCUCUCGUGAAACCAACACGGAAGUGACUUAAACUGCAAUUCAUUGACUGGCCGCUAGAGACUGGCUCCAAAACAGAGCAGAAUCUCAUUGAGCCCCAUGUUAAAAUGCCCAACUUUAUAGCAGAAAAAAACAUGUUUACAGCCUGGUACAAAAAUGAUUUUGGUCUAUAUAGCUAAUUUUGCCUUCAUGACAACUGUGAUGGGGGUGAAUUUUUUUAUAACUCAUCCGUUUAAAUUAUAUUAAGCCUUAACAUUCUGCUUAAUUAAGGGCGUGGCCACUUGAGUGACAAGUGGUUUCAUCAACCAGGCACCUCAGCUCCACCCACAUCCCGCCUUUUUUAUUAUCCGGGAGUGACGUGCUGCCAAGAUGGCGACAACAGGCUCCGCCCACUUUAGGCUUCAAAAUUGCUAUUCACAAACCCACUGUUGACGUCGAGGACACUACGUCCAUGUUUUAUACAGUCUAUGGUUGAGCUACAGUACCAACAUUAAAAAAAUCUGUAAGUUAUUUCAUGGUAAAUAUAAAAGAAAAUCUUUCAUUUGCAGUGAAUUUAAGCUUACAGAUAUAAUUACUGUUAAAAAUCGAAAUUAACCUGAAAUAUGAUUAUAAGUAUGUGAAUGUACACUCAUUUCCUAUGCAUUCAAAUUCAUAAAUCAGAAUUUUAACACACUCCAAUUUGUGUACUGGGGUUAAAUAAAGCUUUAAAAAGUACUUAAUUAAACUUAUGUAUACUUUGCGGAUAGCGUCACCAUUUAGGGUUAAAAUCUGAAUUGUCGUAAUGCUUUAAUGCAAUAUUCAAAAUAUGAUGAUCAAAAUUAGAAUAAAAUGCGAACAGGUAUGAAGCGUAUUUAAAAUGAUCUUGGGCGACAUAACAGAAGCAAUAUGAUGGAACAUAAAUUCAACUGAGCACAAAUCUAAAUUUGGAUAAAUGUUCAAAUCAAACUGUAUGAGUAUACAAUAUAUGACUUUAUAUCCUGCAACUAUUCAAUAUGUAUAUGAAAAACGUUUUAAUACAUAUAUACACAACAUACCCAUAAUCUCUCUCCGUCUCCAUCUUCCUAUUAUAGUACCAGCAGAGUAAGAGAUACAAACCACAAUGAGCCUCAUCUGUGACAUACUGUUGUAUAAAGUAAAAAAAACUAAAUGUGAUAAGAAAUAUAUAUACAAAGAAGUAACAUGUAGUGCAAAAAAAACAUGAACCUCACCAGUUUUCCUUGACUUGACUUUAACCCCACCCCCAUCCAAAAAUCUGACUGCAACCCUGGGCCAGACCCCUCCCUCCCUUACGUCCCCACCCUUUAACCCAAGCCCCCUUUCUGCAUGCCCCACUUUUUGCACUGCCUUUUUCGUCCGAGCUUGUACUACCCCAUACUUCCCUCGGUGAUGUCACAGUAGCAGUGUGGAGAUUAUGGGCGUGUCUUAGAAUGUGACGUGGGCGGGGUCAACCAAAUAAUAGGAUUACCCACCAGUUUGCUGCUUCAAUGACAUCACAGUUGCCAACAGUAGAAUGCAAGAGCAAUGCAAGUGUGUGGCAUGCCUUUGUACCUGGUUUGUGCGUACAGUGCCUGCCCUGGAAAAUAACUAAACUAUAUUUAAAACUAUGUAAAACAAGCUUCUUUUUUUAAACGGAACAUAUACCAAACGUGUGUGCUUCAUUGUUCAAAGAAGUUGUUGUUGCAUGAAACGUCUUUGAAGGAAAAUGAGCAAGAAAACACUAUCUUUCACAUGGCAAGUCUUAAAAGUGGAACUGUUACUUUUAUUUCAUUUAAGUUUAUUCUAAAAUACUUGAUUGUUCUGUCGUUUUAGAAUAUGGUGAGAUGUCCUUUUCUAGAGUAAGAAGCCCAUGUUUGUAUUAACCAAUGAUAGAAUGCACUGUUUUGAUAAAGGAUUAGCCGAGGAAGGACAUUCCUAAAUUAGCCAUGUGGGUUGACAAUGAAUAAGGCACCAAAACAGCAAUUUCAGACACUUUAAAGACACAGAUUUGCCAGUCGAACUAGACAAACUAGCAUUCACCUGUCUCCCUUAAAACAGACCACAUGAUAAAUGUUCAGUGAAACUGCAUUUGAGUGGAAAUUGAGUGGAAAGGUUGGGCUGAUAAAAAAAUGAAGUGAAGUGAUGUUGUUCACACCAUCAGUAUGAACGUUGCCUGCGUAAGCAUAAAGCUAAUAAGCAACAGAUUCCACAUAUCUGAGAUAUUUACUAUGUAAGGUUUUCAGAAUCAUUUGUGUGCUGUUCUGUUACAAAGUAUUGCAUGAAAAUAUGAAUGCGGAAAUCAUCUCAUACUCUAUAGCCUAACCCUAUCAGGUACAGUAUACAUUUGGAAUGAAUUAAUUCAAGGUUCAUAUUGACAGAAAACCACACAAAUGGUAUUUAUCGCUCAUUAGUCUUAAUAGGAUCAACCACAGUCCUGGCAGAUGUGAAUGUACACGGAAAUCAGUAAUGUAUUACGUUUUUCAAAGAUCCAGAUUUGAACGGUGAUGUAUUUUGGACCUUUUGCCGCGAGUGUUAUUCUGCUGUAAGGCAAAUGCCUUGACUUUAAAAGCGUAUUAUUCUGAAUGCAGUUAGCAUGGGGUUGGGAAUUUCCAGUAUAAGGUGCAUGUAUUGUUACCAGAGCCUUACUGUAAUGCUAAAAUUGCAAGCAAGUGCAAGAACACUGAUCACUGCUCGGGUUAACUAAAUCUGUUGACCAGCCCUGAUCAUGCCACUAGUUUUGCACACGCUAAGACUUUUGCACACGCUAAAGGCUCAACUAAAUAGGAUGUACGUGUGCAGUUUGUGCGAAGGACGCUGGGUGAAGGGUUUAGAUCGAUACCUCAGAAGCAACCGAAACAGUCAAAGGUCUCAUUAGAUAACAAACGGCUGCUGAAUGUUUCUGCAAUUUGUAUGCUGAAAGUUUUCAAGUGAUCGAGACUGUUCUGACGGAAGUAUAAUAAAACUGGGGUUUUACCCAUGAGGAAGCAAAGUGCAGUUUUUGUAUAUACAUUUCUAGGGUGUGGGUUAAAGAGAAAGGUUGAAAGUUCUCAAUGAUUAAUUUACCUCGGAUAGCUGCUACAUGAAUGGAGGGGUGGAGAUGGGAAGAUGCACAAUGCCAGAUAUUGUCUUGUGUCAUCACGGUGACUCUGUAUGUGAUAGUGUGGAGUAGCUCUCCCUUCAUAUUUCUAAUUGAAAGCACUUGCAGCAUAUUUGAGUAAUUGUUUUAUUGGUUAUUUUGUUAUUUUUUUGGCUAAGGGUGUCCCGUAUGCUUAUGAUCCAUUAUAAUGUAUUAAUAUUAUUUUAGUAGAGUUACAUUUGCCAAAGUUGAGCUGUUUGCUGUAUUUCAUUCUUUUGCUCUUCGAUUUUGAAAUGUACAGUCGUUGCAAUGACUCCAUAUUUGUAGGACAGAUUUGGAAAUCAAGCCCACGUGCCAUUUAAUUAAGCAAUAAUGCAAAGUAUCACAGUUGAAAAAUAACAUGAUCCAUGAGAUAUAAAAAAACCUGGACUUAAAAGUGUUCAAAUGAUGCAAAGAUGUUCAAUCCCUCAUACUUUACUGGUGACAGUCACAAUUAUGUUAUUAGUAUUGGCACAGCAACAUCAACGCAGGCAAGCCAAGGUGUGAAUGUGAAUUUUGUUUGUAUAUUCUUAUUAUUUUAUAUGUCAUUGUUUCUAAUUACAACUAACAUGUUUAACAUGUUGCAUCUUUAAGACGAAUUCUUCAGUUUACUGUGGCCUGUUGUGUUGUACUGAUCCAAAGCCCAUAAAAGCGAACACGUUUGACCGAGUGAUGUAAAGGACCUCUGAAAGUUACGCCGAGCUCUGACGCGUUAUUGGUCAAUCUCAAUUCCACAGGACUCAAACAGUCUGCUUCAGUGAUCGAAACCAGAAUCAACUCCACCGAUUUCCCAAAUGGCGCAACACGCACAGGUUCAUAUGAAGCUUUUAUGAUUUUAUGGAAAAUAAAGAACAAUUAACCUUUUUUAUUAACAUUUUAAUAUGUGUAAAGUGUAAUUUACUGUAAAUAGCAUCUGGGGACAUUUUGUGAUCAUUUUGUAUCAAAAACUAUAUAAAGAUAAUGAUUUUAAGAUCUUUACAAAAACGGAAAAAAAAACGACACUCUUUGGGAAACAACUGCAAACUGAGUUUCCAAUAUCUAUAAUCAACUCACAUUUGUGCCAAUUAGAGCAAAGCAACUUUCAGAGUCCCUGCCAUCCUCUCAGCACUGAGUUUAUAAGGGGGCAUCCGAACUGUAGGUGAAUGUCUGUUACGGGUAAAUCCCUGGGAAAUGUAUGGCACUUAUGAGGUAAUUUUACAAGAUUGCUGUAAUACUUCUUUGUUUCAGUCCACAUGUUUACAAGGUGUAAGUUGGCAUUAUUUGUUCCUAUCAUGUCAGCAUGCCGAACAGUUUCAGUCAUUGGCUGCUUGUAACUGUAGAGACAAACCCACCCAAAGCACAGCAGGGAAAUGAUAUGCAGCCCUACAUAGGAGUGGGGUCAGUUGCCACAAUUGGGGGUGUGUCUAGUGUAGGGGUGGGUGUGGCAUAACAAUAAAGAGUGGGUGUAAAGAGGUUUGAGGUUUUCAGCGUGGCAAAUCUGACCUUGCUUUACCUGUUUGGUUGCAGUGAUCACCUGAUGGUUCUUUGAGUCUGAAAUCAUUGUACAGCCUUGAUUUAUUUUAAUUUUCUUGAAGGUUUUGUUGAUUGUUUUUAACUGCUGUUUACUUGCCCCCCUUUUUCUCUUUUCCUUUCAUUUCCUUAAUACACAGGAACUUUGUAAAGAUGUAAAGAGAAGUUUUCCUGAUUUAUGGAAGAAAGGGAUGUAAAUACUGUAUUAAUUAAAGGUGCGAUGCAUAAAGCUUGUA